CGCAAAUCAUUCAUAGCUUCGAGAACGUGGGAAAAAAAGAAGGAAAGAAUAAUAAAGAGCCACACCCCACGCCACUCUUUUUAAUUUUUUUUCUGAAGAUUUAAGACAGUCUCCACCGAUUAGGUUUUGUUCUUUCUCAUUUUCAAACAGGUCUUCUUCUACAAGAGAAAAGUGUUCAUAUGUUUAUACUUUGAGGUUUGAUCUGGAUAUUAGAUAACUAUGGCUUGGUUUAGAGCUGGCACCAGUGUAGCAAAGCUUGCCAUCAGGAGGACUUUAUCUCAGGCAGGAUCAUACACCACUAGGACACGUGUUGUUCCUUCGCAGAAUAGAUUUUUCCAUACCACUGUCUUUAAGUCACAGGCGCAGUCUGCACCUGUCCCACGUCCUGUUCCACUCUCUAGGUUAACUGAUAGCUUUUUAGAUGGAACAAGCAGUGUUUACUUGGAGGAGCUACAGCGUGCUUGGGAAGACGAUCCCAAUAGUGUGGAUGAGUCAUGGGACAAUUUCUUCAGGAAUUUUGUUGGACAGGCAGCCACAUCCCCUGGAAUUUCCGGCCAGACAAUUCAGGAGAGUAUGCGUUUGCUGCUGCUUGUGAGAGCUUACCAGGUUAAUGGUCACAUGAAGGCUAAGUUGGACCCAUUGGGGUUGGAACAAAGAGAAAUUCCAGAAGAUUUGGAUCCCGCUCUCUAUGGGUUCACAGAAGCUGACCUUGAUAGAGAGUUCUUCUUGGGAGUGUGGAAAAUGGCUGGGUUUUUGUCUGAAAACCGUCCUGUCCAGACUCUUAGGUCCAUAUUGACUCGCCUGGAGCAGGCUUAUUGUGGGAGCAUUGGCUUUGAGUAUAUGCACAUUGCAGAUCGUGAUAAAUGCAACUGGUUGAGAGACAAGAUUGAAACACCAACACCCAUGCAAUAUAAUCGUCAGCGUCGCGAAGUUAUUCUAGAUAGACUAAUAUGGAGUACGCAAUUUGAGAACUUCUUGGCUACCAAGUGGACAACAGCUAAGAGGUUUGGGCUUGAAGGUGGAGAGACUUUGAUUCCUGGCAUGAAGGAGAUGUUUGAUAGGUCAGCUGAUCUUGGUGUUGAGAGCAUAGUUAUUGGAAUGCCUCAUAGAGGAAGGUUAAAUGUUCUCGGUAACGUUGUUAGGAAGCCACUGCGUCAAAUCUUUAGUGAGUUCAGCGGUGGUACAAAGCCUGUAGAUGAAGUUGGUCUGUACACAGGAACUGGUGAUGUGAAGUAUCACUUAGGAACUUCUUAUGAUCGCCCAACCAGAGGUGGUAAAAGAAUCCAUCUGUCUUUGGUUGCAAAUCCUAGUCACUUGGAAGCUGUAGAUCCUGUUGUUGUGGGAAAGACUAGAGCUAAACAAUAUUACUCCAAUGAUUUGGACAGGACAAAGAAUAUGGGAAUUUUGAUUCAUGGAGAUGGUAGUUUUGCUGGACAAGGUGUAGUCUAUGAAACACUACAUCUUAGUGCACUGCCGAACUACACAACUGGUGGGACUAUACACAUCGUGGUGAAUAAUCAAGUUGCUUUUACUACUGAUCCAAUGGCAGGCAGAUCUUCACAGUACUGUACUGAUGUUGCCAAGGCUCUGAAUGCCCCUAUUUUCCAUGUAAAUGGAGAUGAUGUAGAGGCAGUUGUUCAUGCCUGUGAACUUGCAGCUGAGUGGCGGCAGACUUUCCAUUCAGAUGUUGUGGUUGAUUUAGUCUGUUACCGUCGAUUUGGGCAUAAUGAGAUUGAUGAACCAUCUUUCACGCAGCCCAAAAUGUAUCAGGUCAUUCGAAAUCAUCCCUCGGCCCUUGUGAUUUACAAAAACAAGCUCUUGGAGUCUGGUCAGGUGAAUGAAGAGGAUAUUAGCAGGAUACAGGAGAAAGUCCUUACAAUCCUCAAUGAAGAACUCUUGGCGAGCAAAGACUAUGUUCCUAAAAGAAGAGAUUGGCUUGCAUCUCACUGGACUGGGUUCAAGUCACCUGAACAGCUUUCACGUCGCCGAAACACUGGGGUGAAACCUGAGAUUUUGAAAUCUGUUGGAAAAGCUAUCACUACUCUUCCAGAAAAUUUUAAGGCUCACAGAGCUGUCAAAAAAGUAUACGAUCAACGUGCGCAAAUGAUUGAAACUGGGGAAGGAAUUGACUGGGCAGUUGCAGAAGCGCUUGCUUUUGCCACUUUAGUUGUAGAAGGUAAUCAUGUCCGAUUGAGCGGACAGGAUGUUGAAAGAGGUACAUUCAGUCAUAGGCAUUCAGUAAUUCAUGAUCAGGAAACUGGGGAGAAGUAUUGCCCUCUGGAUCAUGUCAUCAUGGACCAAAAUGAGGAGAUGUUUACUGUCAGCAACAGUUCUCUUUCAGAGUUUGGUGUUCUUGGAUUUGAGCUGGGUUACUCGAUGGAAAAUCCGAAUUCUCUGGUAAUCUGGGAAGCUCAGUUUGGUGACUUCUCUAAUGGAGCUCAAGUGAUAUUUGAUCAGUUCCUGAGCAGUGGAGAGUCGAAGUGGUUGCGUCAAACUGGGCUUGUAUUGCUUCUACCACAUGGAUAUGAUGGUCAGGGUCCUGAACAUUCAAGUGCACGAUUGGAACGCUUCCUUCAGAUGAGUGAUGACAAUCCUUAUGUGAUUCCUGAAAUGGAUGCAACUCUUCGUAAGCAAAUUCAGGAAUGUAACUGGCAGGUUGUAAAUGCUACAACCCCUGCUAAUUACUUCCAUGUCUUGCGACGCCAGCUACAUAGGGACUUCCGGAAGCCCCUCAUUGUGAUGGCUCCCAAAAAUUUACUUCGACUCAAGGAAUGCAGAUCAAACCUUUCCGAAUUUGAUGAUGUCCAAGGGCACCCUGGAUUUGACAAACAGGGAACUAGAUUCAAGCGUCUUAUUAAGGAUCAGAAUGACCAUUCUGAUCUUGAAGAGGGGAUUAGACGUCUGGUUCUUUGCUCCGGAAAGGUUUAUUACGAGCUUGAUGAUCAACGCCAAAAGAUUGGUGCCAAGGAUAUUGCCAUAUGUAGAGUGGAGCAGCUGUGCCCAUUCCCAUACGAUCUCAUCCAACGUGAACUAAAGCGAUAUCCAAAUGCGGAGAUUGUUUGGUGCCAAGAAGAGCCAAUGAACAUGGGUGCAUAUAGCUAUGUUGCACCUCGUCUUUGCACAACCGUGAAAGCGAUGCAAAGAGGAUCCAUAGAAGACAUUAAGUACGUCGGACGUGCUCCAUCUGCUGCGACAGCCACAGGUUUCUUCCAGGUGCACAUGAAGGAGCAUACUGAGCUUCUGCAAAAAGCUAUGCAACAAGAGCCAAUCAAUUAUCCCUACUGAAGCAUUUUCAUAAUGUUUGGAUAAAAAUUUGAAUGAACAAUAAUGGCACAUCCAUAGACAGACUGGAUAUAACAGUUUACUGUAAUUUUCUCUUAUACAUAUUCAGCCAAGGAAUCUUGGUAAUGCUCUCGUAUACAAGCGGAUUCGCAGUUUUUUGAUUCAUACUGUGAUGCACGAAUAAUCGAGUGGUGUUUAUUCGAGUUUGGAUGGUAAUUAAUUAUGAAUGUAAAUUUCAUUUUUGAUUUUA